AUUCGUGGUCCUUUCUACAGCAAGUUGUUGGUUUAAUGCAAUCAUAUAUAUGUGUGUAAUGGCGCGCGGCAGGGAUUUCGCACUCUGUCCUUCAUCGGUAGGGAAUUAGAUCUCUGCGGUAGCUGCUCCCAAAUACGCAGAAGCGAAGACGAGCCGGCGGGUGCGACAAUACCUCGUUCAUCUCUAAAUCUGCGUCGAGCUUGCACCAUCUGGGAUAGACGAGCGACCUGCCCUCAACAUGUCCGACACACCGGAUACGAUGUCGGCGGAAGCGCAAGUCCGACAUUGGAAAGGCAGAGCAAAUGAUCUCGAGGAUAUGCUACGAGAGGCUGAAACCACGCUUCAAGACUGGAUGGACUCUUCCAAGGCCCUGGAAGCAGAAAUGGAGAGAGAGCUUGCCGCUAGUACACGAGCACAGAGCGAUCUUCAAACGCGCAACGAAGUCCUGGCAUCGGAAGUGGAAACGUGGCGGAACAAGUUUCAAACUGCGAUCUCCGAAAGCAAUCGAGAGCUUGCAGAGUUACGGAAAGAAUUGAAGAUGACGACAGACACGCACAACGCGUAUAAAGCCAAGCUGCGAGAUAUGGAACUGGACAACGACGAGCUCGAAAAUGCGGAGAGGAUGAUAUCCGAGUCUCUCGCCGACAUGGAAAUCCGGUACAACCGAGCUGUAGAAAAGACAGCGCUAUUGGAGGAGGAGGUUGUGGCCAAGGAGCAGCUGCAGGAGGAGAACCAGCGAUUAAAGGAUGAAAUCAGGGAUUUGGUGGAAGAGCUUGCCGUUGUGCGGGAAAGCCGAUCUGCGUCUGUUGCAAGCAAGGCACCGUCCAGGGUAGCAUCUGCUCUGGAUGAGCUGACUCUAGAAGACCUGGAUACCAAGCGACCGGACUCCCACAGUCAAGACCAGCAAAGGAGCGAGAGUCGCUCCGGACGAGAAUCAAGGCAUUCUGAGCUUCGUGCGUCUGCCAUCAGCCGCAGGCGCAGCAGGCUUGAUCCGUCUAUUCGAGCACCACGACAGUCCCAACGGCUCCUGGGAGCUGGCGCUAAUUCCAUCCAGCAGUCCACACGAGCGGAAGCGAGACCCAGUGUUGCAAAUGCCGCCGGCGCUCGUUCACGACUAGCAGACACUUCAUUUACUCUAAGAGCAAGCAAGACAUUGGUGCUCCCUGCUCUGAGUCAAAUGUCAUCUCGAGGGGGGUCAUCACAGAUGCUUAACGAGAUGCAAUCAAGACUUACCGCUCUCCAGAGCCGACUGAGCUCGAUUCGAGACCCUAACCAUCCGGAUCGAAGUGCCAUCCCAAGACCAUCAUCUCGCCUCGGCUCCAGCGUAGGGCCGGCUGGGCCCGAUUCACCUGCGGCAUUUCGCCCACGCGCUUCCAUCGAUGCAAAUUCUUCUUUCAGCGGUAUUCCAAUCCCCGCAACGUCGCUAUCAAGAUCGGCAGCACGAAGGCCACGAGCAACCACAAGUACGAACGGUGACGCUCUAGAGAAUUUCCAAGAGUCAUCCGUCGGACCAUCGAGGUCCGGGUCCAGAAAUUCGACCACUCUUUCCAGCAGAGUCCAGCCACCGUCUAUGUCGAUGGAGGAUUGGAAGACGUCACGAAUACGUAUCGAGGGGAGAGGCAAGUCAUGAGCAAUUUGCCAAGCACCUGUACAACGGGCAACCUCUUAUGUUUAUUCAAAGCGGUAGCGCAAACAGGUGGUGUAAACCCUUGGCGGCUACCACAGUAGUCCUGAAAUUGCGUUUGCCAGCAGAGGUUUCUUGCCUCGCGAAAUUGCGAAGUUCUCCUUGUGUCUCAUUCUCAGACUGCCGUGACUGCUGCCUGAAGCCAAAUGGCGGCACAAAAUCCCUCUCUCAAACUCUCAUUGAUAAAAUGUGUAAAGGUCGUCACCAGCCUUGCGU